AUUGGGUUACUCUAAGCUAUACAACUUUCAUUGAGGUGUUGGACGCUUAUCACGAAGACUUGGCGGUGUGGUUGGUCUUCACAACCCUAGUUUCCCGCGCACUUUAUACCAACAUAUUCCUGCAAGGGAACAUUCGACGAGGGCGAGUGGUUGCCCCAUUGCGAUGUCAGAAAAAGACUUGGAGAGGGACCUUUCAGCGGCUGAUGAGUCGCCCCAACAACGCCACCAUGCAUCUGCUACCUCAACCAAAAGUGCAAGGCCAUCUACCAACUCAUCAACCAUAACGGACCUCGAAGACCAGCGGGAAACCGCAAGGCAAAACAAUCCCAAUGGUUUUUCACGCAUAAAUACCGGCGUUUCCAUAGAACAGGCCGAGGCCAACUUCGCCGAGCUUCGGAGAGAAUUGUCCGGUCUAUCUAAGGCAAGCCGCACCCCGAGCCGAAAAGAGACCGAUGUCGAAAAAGGGGCACAUACGGCUCUCGACAGCCCCGCUUCUGAAGAGUCGUUCGAGGUUUUCGACUUGGAGGUAGCUUUACGUGGUGGUCUUGAUGCUGAAAGGCAAGCUGGUAUCAAGCCGAAGCACAUCGGCGUCUACUGGGAUGGGUUGACAGUCAGGGGAAUGGGUGGCACUACUAACUUUGUGAAGACAUUCCCAGACGCCUUUCGGGAUUUCGUGGACUACUGGACUCCGUUGAUGAGCAUCCUCGGCAAGGGACAAAAAGGUACCGAGGUCACUUUACUGGACAAUUUCAAGGGUGUCGUUAAUCCUGGUGAGAUGGUCCUUGUCCUAGGGAAGCCGGGAUCAGGAUGCACAACUUUCCUGAAGUCAAUCGCGAAUCAGCGUUGGGGAUAUACAGGUGUUACGGGCGAAGUCCUUUACGGACCAUUCACGGAUAAGGAAUUCAAGCAAUUUAGAGGCGAGGCCGUUUACAACCAAGAGGACGAUAUUCAUCAUGCUACUCUCACUGUCGAACAAACUCUCCGUUUCGCGCUCGACUGCAAAAUUCCCAACAAGCUUCCAGCAGGCACAACGAAAAACAAAUUCAAGGAUGACGUCAUUACAAUGCUGCUCAGAAUGUUCAACAUCGAACACACAAGAAGGACCGUGGUAGGCGAUGCGCUGAUCCGUGGUGUUUCUGGUGGUGAAAGAAAGCGUGUCUCGAUCGCCGAAAUGAUGAUUACAAACGCCUGCAUUCUAUCAUGGGAUAACAGUACUCGAGGUCUGGACGCAAGUACAGCACUCGACUUCGUUAAGUCGCUUCGAAUUCAAACCAACCUAUAUAAGACAUCUACUUUCGUAUCUCUGUACCAGGCAUCUGAGAAUAUAUACAGGCAAUUCGAUAAAGUCUUGGUUAUUGAUGCUGGAAAACAGGUGUAUUUUGGACCCACCACCGAAGCCAGAGCCUACUUCGAAGGUCUCGGGUUUCUCCCGCGCCCACGGCAAACGACGCCAGACUACGUCACUGGUUGCACAGAUGAAUUCGAGCGUGAAUACUCCGAAGGGUACUCGCUACGGAAUGCCCCACACAGUCCCGAGACACUAGCCGAGGCUUUUGAGAAAUCUCGUUUCGCAGAACAAUUAAAGAAUGAUAUGACCGAAUACAAGACGAGGCUUCAACACGAGCAGGAAGUCGCUCGCCACGAUGACUUCAUCGCGGCUGUACGCGAAAGUAAGCGGGGUGGUGCUAAACACUCUGUUUACAGUGUUGGAUUCCAGCUUCAGGUCUGGGCUCUGAUGCAGCGUCAAUUCGUGCUCAAACUCCAAGACAAAUUGAGCUUGUCGCUCUCCUGGUUUCGAACUGUUAUUAUUGCGAUUGUGCUUGGUACUCUGUACUUGAACCUCCAGCAGACAUCUGCUAGCGCAUUCAGCAAGGGUGGUCUUCUGUUUAUCUCGUUAUUAUUCAAUGCAUUCGAAGCUUUUAGCGAAUUGGGAGCGACUAUGACUGGUCGGCCGAUCGUAAACAAGCAUAAAGCGUACACUUUCCAUCGACCGUCGGCAUUGUGGAUAGCGCAAAUUUUCGUGGAUACGGCGUUCUCGGCUACUCGAAUAUUGGUGUUCUCAAUCAUAAUCUACUUUAUGACCAACCUCACAAGGACACCUGGAGCAUUCUUCACGUUUUACUUGCUAAUUCUAGUAGGCAAUAUCGGUAUGACACUUUAUGUCCGUAUCAUUGCUUGUCUAUGCCCGGAUUUCGAUUAUGCCGUCAAAUUCGCCGUUGUCACUGUUACGUUAUUUAUCCUAACCUCGGGAUAUCUAAUUCAGUAUCAAUCGCAACAAGUCUGGUUGCGGUGGAUCUUCUGGAUCAAUGUGUUGGGUCUAUCCUUCUCCAGUCUGAUGGCCAAUGAAUUCAAAGACAACCAAUUGCUGUGUACGGAUGAGUCACUCAUCCCAUCUGGACCGUCAUAUGGCGAUAUCAAUCAUCAAGUCUGCACUCUACCUGGAUCGACCCCCGGAAACCCUAUGGUCAGCGGCGCUGCCUAUAUCACGCAGGGUUUCUCUUACAGACCUGAAGAUUUAUGGAGAAAUUUCGGAAUCAUAAUAGCGAUUAUCAUAUUCUUCCUUGUCAUGAAUGUCGUGCUGGGUGAAUUCGUCAAGUUUGGUAUGGGUGGCAAUCAGGCGAAGGUCUUUGCAAAACCUAAUGCUGAGCGAAAGGCCUUGAACGAAGCACUCAACAAUAAGCGAUUGGAACGUCAAAAGUCGAAAGAGGAGCAAGGCACUGCUUUGAAAAUCGAGUCUAGCAGUAUUCUGACAUGGGAAGAAUUGAAUUACGAUGUCCCCGUACCUGGUGGUACUCGUCGCCUCCUCAAUAAUAUUUACGGUUACGUCAAACCGGGUGAGUUGACAGCGCUCAUGGGUGCUUCCGGGGCUGGAAAGACGACCUUGUUGGAUGUUCUAGCGGCGAGGAAGAAUAUUGGUGUUAUCACUGGCGAUGUUCUAGUCGAUGGUAUAAAACCUGGGAAGGAAUUCCAGAGAUCUACUUCGUAUGCGGAACAGCUCGACACCCACGAUCCUACCCAAACUGUGCGCGAAGCUUUGCGAUUCUCGGCCGAUUUACGACAACCCUUUGAGACACCCCAAGAAGAAAAAUACGCUUACGUUGAGGAGAUUAUCACAUUGCUAGAAAUGGAAUAUAUCGCGGACUGCAUUAUAGGUACUCCAGAAGCCGGUCUGACGGUCGAGCAGCGAAAGCGUGUGACAAUUGGUGUUGAGCUGGCGGCCAAGCCAGAAUUACUACUAUUCUUGGACGAGCCGACUUCGGGUCUCGACAGUCAGAGCGCAUUCAACAUUGUUCGAUUUUUGAAGAAACUUGCCGCUGCCGGGCAGGCCAUUCUGUGCACCAUUCACCAACCGAAUGCCGCUCUAUUUGAACACUUCGACCGACUACUUUUACUUCAAAGAGGAGGCCGUUGCGUAUAUUUCGGCGACCUUGGAAAAGAUGCAUGCAUCUUGCGAGAUUACCUGGCACGGCACGGCGCUGUUGCUGGCCCAUCCGAUAACGUUGCCGAGUUCAUGCUUGAAGCGAUCGGUGCUGGAAGUACCCCACGCGUUGGCCGACGAGAUUGGGCAGACAUCUGGGAUGACAGUCCCGAACUUGCUAACGUCAAGGACACUAUUUCGCAGUUUAAGGAGUCCCGUAAGCAAGUCGCUGCGCAAGUUAAUCCUGCGCUUCAACGAGAGUAUGCCUCACCUCCUCUACAUCAAUUGAAAGUUGUCGUCAAUCGCAUGAAUAUUUCAUACUGGCGGUCACCUAACUACCUCUUCACUCGUCUUUUCAAUCACAUCGCUAUCGCCGUUCUCACGGGUCUUACGUACUUGCGACUUGACGAUUCCCGAGCGUCAUUGCAAUAUAAGGUCUUCGUCAUGUUCCAGAUUACAGUGUUACCUGGUUUACUCUUACCCCAAGUCGAACUGAUGUUUGUGAUCAAGCGAGCCAUCUUCUUCCGCGAACAAUUAAGCAAGAUGUACAGCACGAUUACAUUUACCGCCGGAAUGCUCAUUGCCGAGUUACCGUACGCGAUCCUCUGUUCCGUAGUGUUCUUUUUACCUCUCUAUUUCAUCCCAGGUUUCCAGUCGGAGUCUUCGCGCGCCGGGUAUCAAUACUUCAUGGUAUUGCUUACAGAACUUUUUGCGGUUACGCUUGGCCAAGUUGUUGCCUCAAUCUCGCCGUCCGCUUUCGUUGCUAGCCAGUUCGACCCUUUUAUCGUCAUCACAUUGGCCAUGUUCUGUGGUGUUGCGAUCCCCGCACCGCAGAUGCCCGGUUUCUGGCGAGCAUGGUUGUACCAAUUGGACCCGUUCACUCGCCUCAUUGGAGGCACCGUGACUACCGCCCUAGAUAAUCUAGAGGUAAACUGUCGAUCAUGGGAACUCAAUUCAUUCAAUGCACCCGAUGGUAUGACAUGCGGAGAGUACAUAGCUCCCUUCCUAGAAAAAGGCGCAGGUUACAUUGUGGAUAAUGCGACAAGUGUGUGCCAGUACUGUGCCUACAAGGUAGGAAAUCAGUUCUACGAGCCUCUGGGAUUCAGCUUCGAUUAUCGGUGGAGGGAUCUUGGGAUCUUUGCGGCUUUUGUGGGAAGUAAUAUUAUCAUCUUAUUCUCUGCGGGCCGAUAUUUGAACUUUAACCGUCGGUGAUGUACGAAAAGAAGGAUAAUGAUGUUACGAUGUUAUAUGAGUCACGCCGCAUCUAUUGGCACUUAUAGCACAUACAGCGCUGGGUAAUACCCGUAGCUUUAGGUCACUAGUGGGCAUGGCGCAGUUUCAGGCACUGGGAAUAGAUACCAACCCGGUAUAGAAGGCAAAACGCCGACUUACAUACAUAAAAUCUAUUACUGUGUAGAAUAAUAGAUAAAUUAUC